AUAGUUCGUGUUAGCAUGAAACCAUGCUAACAACUUGUUAAUAUGCCCGUGCCUGGAAGUGGAUAAUUUUGCGUUAUUCGAAGGAAAUAUGUAUCGUGCAGCAGCUUUGAAGGCCACAAAAGGGUUAGACUACCCUGCAUUGAUAAGAGACGAGAUCGCCCAAUGGGAGAGGAGACAGCCUUUGCGAGUCGCCCUGAUAUCCGAAAAGUUCUGCAAGCGAGAUGUCCGUGGUAAGGGGUUGGGUUUCUGCUACAAGUGUAAGCGCAAUUGGACAAGUAUCUACACGCAUAUCACUAUCAACUUCAAAACUCCUGACUCUUUGGUACGAUGGCGUCAGAAAUGCUCAAGGUGCGACUUAUUAUGCAAGAUGAAGAUGCCAGAAGAAGAAUUCAGAAAAAGGACAAGAUAUGCAAUUGAGAGCAUGGAGAGGUGCCAUAAGGGAAUAUUUAGGGUCCCUAAGACAGAUGAGGAAACAAAAUCAACACCGCCACACAAGUGUCUUCUCUGUGAGAAGUGUGGUUUUGGGUCCGGGCCUUGCUGCAUGCUGCCGCCCCCGCCCCCAAAGAAAGACCAGCAAGUGAUUCCUUGCAAAAUCAAAGUCAGGGCUUCCUAA